AGCUUAGAUCCUGGAGCCCUGCUGUGAAAGUGAAAGUAAACUGGUGAUUGUGCGUCUUUCUCUGUGUGUGUCUGCAGUCUGUCUGAGGAUCAGAUUUAACGGGACUUUGACUGCAGGAGGAAGAUGCAGUUGAUGCUGCUGCUCCUCUUACUCGCUUCCCAGCAUGCCUCAGCAGUGGUGGUGUAUGAGGGGGUGGAGUCUGUGCGUCUGCCCUGUCACGUACCAGCUGAUGUUGCCCUUGAGUCCACAGCAGCAGUGUGGGACCGAGAGGACCUUAACAUCCAAAUAGUUCAUGUGCGUCUGCGGAGCAGUGAUGAUUUUAAAGAACAAAGUAUUCGUUACACCAACCGAACAUCAAUGAGAGCCGACGCUCUGCAGACUGGAGAUCUCAGCCUCACUCUAAAGAACCCUACAGUCUCUGACAGUGGAACCUACAAAUGCACUGUCCGAAAAUAUGGACGAGAUCAGAGCAAGACUUAUGUAGACCUCAAGGUCACAGUACGUCCUCCUCCAGUCUGGCCCAUAGUUCUCUUUGCUCUUCUGGUUCCUGUGGUUCUCCUGGCUGCUGCCUUUGGUGUCUUCAUGUAUCCCAGAUAUAAAAUGUUGAAGAUGAGAAAAGAUUACCCAGUGGAAAUGGUGGAGGUGGAACAAGAGGAGAAGUCUGUCCUGUUGCCCUUUAAAGUCACUGAAGAAGAUGAUAUUUCUCAGGACGUCAAAGUGGAGUGGAAACGCCAAAACAUGAUAGUCCAUGUGUAUCAGAACAAUGAACACCAGCAUCUCUUACAGGACCAGGAUUACAGAGACCGCACAGAGAUGAAUGAAGAUCCUCACAGAACUAAAGACUUCAGUCUGAAACUGAAAGACCUUCAACUUAGUGACCAUGGUGGCUACACCUGCACCGUCUACAACAAGGAUGGAUACAUCCUGCUACAGAAAGUAGUGUUACUAAAUAUCACAGUUCUGCAGGUGGAGAUGGUGGAGGUGACCCAGGGGGAAAAGUCUGUCCUGCUGCCCUUCAGAAUCAAAGACGACCUGUCUUUGGAUGUAACUCUGCUGUGGAGACAUGAGAAAGUGACGGUCCACGCUUAUCAGAGAGGCCAGAAUCAGUCUGUCUUAAUAGGGCAAGAUUAUGAAGGUCGCACAGAGAUGAAGAAAGACCCACUGAACAAUAAAGACUUCAGUCUGACCCUGAAAGACCUCCGCCUCACUGACAGGGGAGUCUACACCUGCACCGUCCACAACAAGGAUGGACACAUGCUGCUACAGAAAGCAGUGACUCUCAGUGUCAGAGUUCCUGAGGUUCAGAUGGUGGAAACAGUUAAAGGGGUUCAGUCUGUCCUGCUGCCAUUUACAACUGAUAUCAAGCUUCAGGACGUCACAGUGGAGUGGAAACAUGAAGACAGGAAAGUUCCACAAGGACGAGCAGAGAUGAAGAAAGACCCACUGACAACUGGAGACCUCAGUCUAACCCUGAAAGACCUCCACCUCACUGACAGUGGAGUCUACACCUGCACCGUCUACAACAAGGAUGGACACAUGCUGCUACGGAAAUCAGUGAUUCUCAGUGUCAGAGAGUACCAGCUGGAGAUGGUGGAGGUGACACAGGGGAAGGAGUUUGUCCUGCUGCCCUUUAAAAUCAAAGAAGGCUUCACCCAGGAUGUCAAAGUGGAGUGGAAACACAAAAACAAGAUGGUCCAUGAGUAUCAGAUUGGUAAAGACCAGUGUCACUUAAAGGACCAAGAUCAGAAACAGCGCACUGAGAUGAAGAAAGACCCACUGAACACUAAAGACCUCAGUCUGACCCUGAAAGACCUCCACCUCACUGACAGUGGAGUCUACACCUGCACCGUCUACAACAAGGAUGGACACAUGCUGAUACAGAAAUCAGUGACUCUCAGUGUCAGAGUUCUGCAGGUGGAGAUGGUGGAGGUGACCCAGGGGGAAAAGUCUGUCCUUCUACCCUUCAGAAUCAAAGACGACCUGCCUGUGGAUGUAACUCUGCUGUGGAGACAUGAGAAUGUGACGGUCCACACGUAUCAGAGAGACCAAUAUCAGCCUGACAUACAAGGGCGCACUGAGAUGAACAAAGACCCACUGACAACUAAAGACCUCAGUCUGACCCUGAAAGACCUCCACCUCACUGACAGUGGAGUCUACACCUGCACCGUCUACAACAAGGAUGGACACAUGCUGCUACAGAAAUCAGUGACUCUCAGUGUCAGAGUUCCUGAGGUUCAGAUGGUGGAAACAGUUAAAGGGGUUCAGUCUGUCCUGCUGCCAUUUACAACUGAUAUCAAGAUUCAGGAUGUCACAGCGGAGUGGAAACAUGAAGACAGGAAAGUUCCACAAGGACGAGCAGAGAUGAAGAAAGACCCACUGAGAACUGGAGACUUCAGUCUGACUCUGAAAGACCUCCACCUCACUGACAGUGGAGUCUACACCUGCACCGUCUACAACAAGGAUGGACACAUGCUGCUACAGAAAUCAGUGACUCUCAGUGUCAAAGAGUACCAGCUGGAGAUGGUGGAGGUGACACAGGGGAAGGAGUUUGUCCUGCUGCCCUUUAAAAUCAAAGAAGGCUUCACCCAGGAUGUCAAAGUGGAGUGGAAACACAAAAACAAGAUGGUCCAUGAGUAUCAGAUUGGUAAAGACCAGUGUCACUUAAAGGGCCAAGAUCAGAAACAGCGCACUGAGAUGAAGAAAGACCCACUGAACACUAAAGACCUCAGUCUGACCCUGAAAGACCUCCACCUCACUGACAGUGGAGUCUACACCUGCACCGUCUACAACAAGGAUGGACACAUGCUGCUACGGAAAUCAGUGACUCUCAGUGUCAGAGAGUACCAGCUGGAGAUGGUGGAGGUGACACAGGGGAAGGAGUUUGUCCUGCUGCCCUUUAAAAUCAAAGAAGGCUUCACCCAGGAUGUCAAAGUGGAGUGGAAACACAAAAACAAGAUGGUCCAUGAGUAUCAGAUUGGUAAAGACCAGUGUCACUUAAAGGGCCAAGAUCAGAAACAGCGCACUGAGAUGAAGGAAGACCCACUGAACACUAAAGACCUCAGUCUGACCCUGAAAGACCUCCACCUCACUGACAGUGGAGUCUACACCUGCACCAUCUACAACAAGGAUGGACACAUGCUGCUACGGAAAUCAGUGACUCUCAGUGUCAGAGUUCCUGAGGUUCAGAUGGUGGAAACAGUUAAAGGGGUUCAGACUGUUCUGCUGCCAUUUACAACUGAUAUCAAGCUUCAGGACGUCACAGCGGAGUGGAAACAUGAAGACAAGAAAGUCCACGUUUAUCAGAGAGACCAAAACCAGUCUUACAUACAAAGUCGCACAGAAGUGAAGAACGAGCAAAUAAAAAAUGGAGACCUCAGUCUGACCCUGAAAGACCUCCACCUCACUGACAGUGGAGUCUACACCUGCACCGUCUACAACAAGGAUGGACACAUGCUGCUACAGAAAUCAGUGACUCUCAGUGUCAGAGAGUACCAGCUGGAGAUGGUGGAGGUGACACAGGGGAAGGAGUUUGUCCUGCUGCCCUUUAAAAUCAAAGAAGGCUUCACCCAGGAUGUCAAAGUGGAGUGGAAACACAAAAACAAGAUGGUCCAUGAGUAUCAGAUUGGUAAAGACCAGUGUCACUUAAAGGGCCAAGAUCAGAAACAGCGCACUGAGAUGAAGAAAGACCCACUGAACACUAAAGACCUCAGUCUGACCCUGAAAGACCUCCACCUCACUGACAGUGGAGUCUACACCUGCACCAUCUACAACAAGGAUGGACACAUGCUGCUACGGAAAUCAGUGACUCUCAGUGUCAGAGAGUACCAGCUGGAGAUGGUGGAGGUGACACAGGGGAAGGAGUUUGUCCUGCUGCCCUUUAAAAUCAAAGAAGGCUUCACCCAGGAUGUCAAAGUGGAGUGGAAACACAAAAACAAGAUGGUCCAUGAGUAUCAGAUUGGUAAAGACCAGUGUCACUUAAAGGGCCAAGAUCAGAAACAGCGCACUGAGAUGAAGAAAGACCCACUGAACACUAAAGACCUCAGUCUGACCCUGAAAGACCUCCACCUCACUGACAGUGGAGUCUACACCUGCACCGUCUACAACAAGGAUGGACACAUGCUGCUACAGAAAUCAGUGACUCUCAGUGUCAGAGUUCCUGAGGUUCAGAUGGUGGAAACAGUUAAAGGGGUUCAGUCUGUCCUGCUGCCAUUUACAACUGAUAUCAAGCUUCAGGACGUCACAGCGGAGUGGAAACAUGAAGACAGGAAAGUUCCACAAGGACAAGCAGAGAUGAAGAAAGACCCACUGACAACUGGAGACCUCAGUCUGACCCUGAAAGACCUCCACCUCACUGACAGUGGAGUCUACACCUGCACCGUCUACAACAAGGAUGGACACAUGCUGCUACAGAAAUCAGUGACUCUCAGUGUCAAAGAGUACCAGCUGGAGAUGGUGGAGGUGACACAGGGGAAGGAGUUUGUCCUGCUGCCCUUUAAAAUCAAAGAAGGCUUCACCCAGGAUGUCAAAGUGGAGUGGAAACACAAAAACAAGAUGGUCCAUGAGUAUCAGAUUGGUAAAGACCAGUGUCACUUAAAGGGCCAAGAUCAGAAACAGCGCACUGAGAUGAAGAAAGACCCACUGAACACUAAAGACCUCAGUCUGACCCUGAAAGACCUCCACCUCACUGACAGUGGAGUCUACACCUGCACCGUCUACAACAAGGAUGGACACAUGCUGCUACGGAAAUCAGUGACUCUCAGUGUCAGAGAGUACCAGCUGGAGAUGGUGGAGGUGACACAGGGGAAGGAGUUUGUCCUGCUGCCCUUUAAAAUCAAAGAAGGCUUCACCCAGGAUGUCAAAGUGGAGUGGAAACACAAAAACAAGAUGGUCCAUGAGUAUCAGAUUGGUAAAGACCAGUGUCACUUAAAGGGCCAAGAUCAGAAACAGCGCACUGAGAUGAAGAAAGACCCACUGAACACUAAAGACCUCAGUCUGACCCUGAAAGACCUCCACCUCACUGACAGUGGAGUCUACACCUGCACCGUCUACAACAAGGAUGGACACAUGCUGCUACGGAAAUCAGUGACUCUCAGUGUCAGAGUUCCUGAGGUUCAGAUGGUGGAAACAGUUAAAGGGGUUCAGUCUGUCCUGCUGCCAUUUACAACUGAUAUCAAGCUUCAGGACGUCACAGCGGAGUGGAAACAUGAAGACAAGAAAGUCCACAUUUAUCAGAGAGACCAAAACCAGUCUUACAUACAAAGUCGCACAGAAGUGAAGAACGAGCAAAUAAAAAAUGGAGACCUCAGUCUGACCCUGAAAGACCUCCACCUCACUGACAGUGGAGUCUACACCUGCACCGUCUACAACAAGGAUGGACACAUGCUGCUACAGAAAUCAGUGACUCUCAGUGUCAGAGAGUACCAGCUGGAGAUGGUGGAGGUGACACAGGGGAAGGAGUUUGUCCUGCUGCCCUUUAAAAUCAAAGAAGGCUUCACCCAGGAUGUCAAAGUGGAGUGGAAACACAAAAACAAGAUGGUCCAUGAGUAUCAGAUUGGUAAAGACCAGUGUCACUUAAAGGGCCAAGAUCAGAAACAGCGCACUGAGAUGAAGAAAGACCCACUGAACACUAAAGACCUCAGUCUGACCCUGAAAGACCUCCACCUCACUGACAGUGGAGUCUACACCUGCACCGUCUACAACAAGGAUGGACACAUGCUGCUACGGAAAUCAGUGACUCUCAGUGUCAGAGUUCCUGAGGUUCAGAUGGUGGAAACAGUUAAAGGGGUUCAGUCUGUCCUGCUGCCAUUUACAACUGAUAUCAAGCUUCAGGACGUCACAGCGGAGUGGAAACAUGAAGACAAGAAAGUCCACGUUUAUAAGGGAGACCAAAACCAGUCUUACAUACAAAGUCGCACAGAAGUGAAGAACGAGCAAAUAAAAAAUGGAGACCUCAGUCUGACCCUGAAAGACCUCCACCUCACUGAUAGUGGAGUCUACACCUGCACCGUCUACAACAAGGAUGGACACAUGCUGCUACAGAAAUCAGUGACUCUCAGUGUCAAAGAGUACCAGCUGGAGAUGGUGGAGGUGACACAGGGGAAGGAGUUUGUCCUGCUGCCCUUUAAAAUCAAAGAAGGCUUCACCCAGGAUGUCAAAGUGGAGUGGAAACACAAAAACAAGAUGGUCCAUGAGUAUCAGAUUGGUAAAGACCAGUGUCACUUAAAGGGCCAAGAUCAGAAACAGCGCACUGAGAUGAAGAAAGACCCACUGAACACUAAAGACCUCAGUCUGACCCUGAAAGACCUCCACCUCACUGACAGUGGAGUCUACACCUGCACCGUCUACAACAAGGAUGGACACAUGCUGCUACGGAAAUCAGUGACUCUCAGUGUCAGAGUUCCUGAGGUUCAGAUGGUGGAAACAGUUAAAGGGGUUCAGUCUGUCCUGCUGCCAUUUACAUCUGAUAUCAAGCUUCAGGACGUCACAGCGGAGUGGAAACAUGAAGACAAGAAAGUCCACGUUUAUCAGAGAGACCAAAACCAGUCUUACAUACAAGGUCGCACAGAAGUGAAGAACGAGCAAAUAAAAAAUGGAGACCUCAGUCUGACCCUGAAAGACCUCCACCUCACUGACAGUGGAGUCUACACCUGCACCGUCUACAACAAGGAUGGACACAUGCUGCUACAGAAAUCAGUGACUCUCAGUGUCAGAGUUCCUGAGGUUCAGAUGGUGGAAACAGUUAAAGGGGUUCAGUCUGUUCUGCUGCCAUUUACAACUGAUAUCAAGCUUCAGGAUGUCACAGCGGAGUGGAAACAUGAAGACAAGAAAGUCCACGUUUAUCAGAGAGACCAAAACCAGUCUUACAUACAAAGUCGCACAGAAGUGAAGAACGAGCAAAUAAAAAAUGGAGACCUCAGUCUGACCCUGAAAGACCUCCACCUCACUGACAGUGGAGUCUACACCUGCACCGUCUACAACAAGGAUGGACACAUGCUGCUACAGAAAUCAGUGACUCUCAGUGUCAGAGAGUACCAGCUGGAGAUGGUGGAGGUGACACAGGGGAAGGAGUUUGUCCUGCUGCCCUUUAAAAUCAAAGAAGGCUUCACCCAGGAUGUCAAAGUGGAGUGGAAACACAAAAACAAGAUGGUCCAUGAGUAUCAGAUUGGUAAAGACCUGUGUCACUUAAAGGGCCAAGAUCAGAAACAGCGCACUGAGAUGAAGAAAGGCCCACUGAACACUAAAGACCUCAGUCUGACCCUGAAAGACCUCUACCUCACUGACAGUGGAGCCUACACCUGCACCGUCUACAACAAGGAUGGACACAUGCUGCUACGGAAAUCAGUGACUCUCAGUGUCAGAGUUCCUGAGGUUCAGAUGGUGGAAACAGUUAAAGGGGUUCAGUCUGUCCUGCUGCCAUUUACAACUGAUAUCAAGCUUCAGGACGUCACAGCGGAGUGGAAACAUGAAGACAGGAAAGUCCACAUUUAUCAGAGAGACCAAAACCAGUCUUACAUACAAAGGCGCACAGAAGUGAAGAACGAGCAAAUAAAAAAUGGAGACCUGAGUCUGACCCUGAAAGACCUCCAUCUCACUGACAGUGGAGUCUACACCUGCACCGUCUACAACAAGGAUGGACACAUGCUGCUACAGAAAUCAGUGACUCUCAGUGUCAGAGAAACGCCAGACACAGGUGUCCAAAAGAUAGACACGUCUGACGCACAAAAAACUUCAGACAGGCAAAUCAAUGUUGGAGCUAACACUGGCACAGAAGAUGAAGGUGAAGACAAAGAAGAAACACCAAACACAGCUGUCCAACAGGGAGACACAGGCCAGGAAACAACUCAAAGAGAUGCAGAUGUGGAACAUGGAGUCACACCUGGCACAGGAUGGGGGAAUACUGUUACUGCAUGGGUGAGCCAAAAAGGUGGCCAGGCUGUGGCUCAAAGUGGACGAAAUGGAACUGGAGUAUGAAGAACAGACCCUCUGUUAGCUUGUUGUGGUUCAUACACUGUAAAGUAUGUGGUGUAACUAUGAUACCAUAAACAUGAAGAUGCAGCUUUGCUUUGACCUUCCUCUGCUCACAGCUGAACAACCUCAGCCAGCUGUUUCUCUAACAUUAGAAGCUCAUAAUGAUGAUGAUCCAGAGUGUGUUGUUGCUCAGUGUUGUUCCCGGUGCUGCUGUGCUGUUUCCUUGUGUUCUGAUGGAUCUCCAUCUAUAGCCGUGUGCUGAAGCCUGAGUGUGUUAUCCAUAUCAGUGUGACAUGAACUGUAAUCUGAAUGUAUUGUAAAGGUUCAUUAGAACAAACUUACUGCAUGUUUAUAUUUAUUUAUUCAUUGAAUAUAGAAGUGUUGAACUGUGAGGUAAAAGGAAAACUUUAACAUUGAUUCCUUCUCUGUGUAAAGCUGGUAUCAUGCGUUGUCUUCAUGUAAAGUUUUAAUAUCAGAUAUACUCAACUGUACGUGUUAUUCUAUGUAUUCUGUAACCAUUACGAUAGAUGACAUGUUUCUAUAAAUGACUCUGUGAUUGUUGCUGUUGUGAUGUUUUGUUUUUUGAUCCUCUGCAAACACAAAGACCACCUGUUUGUGUAAAUCAGUGUUUCCCAUGAAACAAACUUGUAAAUUCUGUAUUUUAAUCUCUUCCACUGGAGUUCUUUGUGGACAUAACAUGAACCUGAUACCAAGAAUGUAGUUUGGAUCAUUCAGCAUCAUUAAUGUUGAGGCAGCCAGGAAGUGUGAAUAAUGAAUUGUACAUUGUUGGAUCAAUAAAAACAGUGUUUACAUUCAAAAACAUCCACCUUCAGAAACUCUGUUCAUUCACACUCUCAGUACUUGGUUUGGGCUCCAGUACCAUGAAUUACUGCAUCAGCUCCUGCUGAGGAGUCACUGAGGCUCAGGUUGGUCUGACUGUGACCUUCAGCUCAUCCAGAGUUUCUCAUCUUCAUCUUAAUAAUAACAGAUUCUCCGAGGGGUUCAGGUCAGGAGAGCUGGCUGACCAAUCAAACACAGUAAUAAGCUUUUGGUUUAGUGUGUCUAUGACCAGCUCCUGAGUCCUGCUGGGAAAGGAAACCAGCAUCUCCAUGAAGCUUGUGAAGAGAACGAAGUAUGAAGAGCUCUGAGGUCUCCUGGUAGAUGCUGUGUGGACUCUGGAACUGUAAAGUCACACCAACAGUCUCUGCAGUGUCACAGUUAGAUAGGAAAAACUGUUUUUUACAAAUUAAACACAUCACGUAUGUGGUGUGUUUAUGGAAAACAGUUACUAAUAUUAUUGUCAGCAUGGAUGACAUUAAAUCAGUCUAAAAGUCCUGUCUUGCAGGUCUUUUCACU